CGCUCAGCAUAAUAGGUGACCAGGUCGCACUGCAGGUUGCUCAACACCCUGUACUUUACUUUUCUUCAGUCAAGCAGACAUAUAACGCCAUCUACGUCGCAGAGAGCGCUUCUGUAACGCCUUCUCACUAGUAAUAUUGAUCUGCGCGCCCAGCAGAAAUGAAUGACAGGCAAGCACAUUAUCCGUUUGUUCCAGCCGCAUCGUUCUGAAGACUUCCCCACUCGAAGUGCUCUCAAGUAUAAUCCUUCUCAUGAAUCUUGCGACAUGGAAAAACAGCAGCUCCCAGACUUGGAAAAGGUCGAGGGACUGAUUCCAGAAUCGGAAGAGGAAGAGGAAUUAAAUCCCAACGAAGCUGUUCUUGAGACACUUAUCGUCGGUCUCAACUGGACACUGUACUCAGCUUUGAUAACCGGGUCAAUUUGGUACAACGCGUCACCACUAGAUUCCCCUGUCAACGAUGGUGUCCCUACGCACGAUUCCCAAACGCCUUCACUACGUUAUAAGCUCUCGUGCGGACUCUUCUUUGUCGGCAGCUCACUGAGUUUCUGCGUCGCAUUCCUCAUCAUUUUGGGCAAGAUCCUGAUGCGCCAGCACACGCUCACUCUGAGGCACCCGCCUUUUGGUCCUCGUAGCCUCCCCAAGUAUAAGGUUCAACGUCUACGCGCGAUACCGGCAUCCAUGCCUGCAUGGUUCAUAAAACUUCUGAAGUCACUGCAGUUUAUCUUUCCAUUCAUCCAGUUUACGAUUACCAUGACGCUACUCGUGCUCGGUGGUAUUCGCCCUUCCAAAGCUUAAGGGCCCUUGCCAAUUUUUCUUUGACUCUCUUGACCCAAGAACAAUUUUUCAUAUCGUCUAAGGAAAAUUAUGUUUACCGACGUUAUCCUUCACCCCGAGGCUCCAAAUUUUUAUUGUUAAAUGAACCGUGUUGGCUCUUGAGCUUGAGCGAUAGUCUUUCCCGGGCCAGUUCUAUUUCUUUUCACUGUAUUCACCAAUCACCAUAUACGAUCUUAUUUUAUGUACAUUCAUUGUAUUGUCAAACGAUAUAUAAAUCAUCAUGAUAGAAACGAA